AGCUGGUUUUCAGUCGAGAUUUUGAAGAAACUAAAAGCAGAACACCUGCUUUGUAUCAGAGAGCAGCAGGGAUGGACAUGAGCAUGAGACACACUUUGUUGGGGUUAUUCUUGCUUGUGUCCCUCUUCUCUGGCAAUGCUCAAGUUAAGUACCUUUUUGAAAAACCCACCGCCAUUCUGAGACCAAUAAGUUAUGAGAUACCACUAGGGGGCAACGUGACACUGAGCUGCUCUGUGGAGGACUCUGACAACUGGACGAUUUUGUGGUACAGAGGUUCUAAUGACGAGCCAAUGACAGAAUAUGAAGGGAAGAAAGCUAUUAAUGUGUCACAAAGCGGCGUCUACAGCUGCAGAGGAAGAAGUGAUACAGGUCGCCUCACAUACAAAAGUGAUUAUGCCAUCAUUAAAGACACCCUUCCUAUUACGGCCAUUAUAACCAUACAGCCCAAAUGGACUCAGAUAUACAUGGGAGAGACAUUCACUGUCAGAUGUGAGAUCCCAGGAGGAGAAGGAACUUACUGGAGCUAUGAUUGGAGACCAAAAAGGUUUACCACAUAUUACACAACCAAUGAAAGAACAUUCUACAAUGUUGGUUGGGAAGACAAUGGAAAUUAUCAAUGCAGGGGCAACAAGGGGAAUUCCUUGACACAGUGGAGUAAUGUCAUUCCAGUAAACAUAUCAUUUACACUGCGUCCUGUCCUCACUGUGUCUCCUUCAUGGCUGAGUCCCGGAGCCUCAGUAAAUCUGAGCUGUGAGGUUGAAUAUCCUUCUGAAGGAUGGCUCUUCUCCUGGUAUAAAGCUGUUCCUUAUUAUAAAAUAACAGAGGAGCCCUACACUUACGAGCUGCUACCUGAUGGCAGCAAGACUGCUCAGAGUUUCUACAUCAUUAAUGGGCAGACAAGCACAGCAGGGUAUGUGUGCAGAGUGGAAAGAGGAAGCAACUUCUACCACAAGUAUUACAGUGACCCAAAGUUUGUCUGGUCUGCAGAUGUUAAUUCAGCAGCAUCUCUCACAGUCGGCCCUGUAGUGCAAAACUUCGGCUAUGACUCUGUCAAACUGACCUGUAAGGGAAACUCUCCUUCGUGGAGAGUGAGGAAGUUCCCUGAGAAUAGGAGGCCAUAUUGCAGUAACUUUUGGGAUUCAGGAGAAUCCGUAUGCAUAAUCGACACAACAUAUUCCGAUGAUGGAGUGUACUGGUGUGAGUCUAUGUCAAAAGAGUUCAGCAAUGCAGUCAACAUCACUAUACAAGAUUUUUAUUCUGGUCCUAUCAUGGUGAUCCCUGAUGAUCCUGUGAAAACGGGAACUUUCGUUAGUCUUAGCUGCAAGUUGAGAAGAAAAAAAAUCUAUCCCAGUGUGGCUUUUUACCACAAUAACAAACUUAUCCAAAAUGAUUCCCGAGAGGAGCUGAACUUCUUGGCAGUGUCAAACUCUGAUGAAGGUUCCUACAAGUGUCAGUACUCAGGAAAAGAGUCGCCAUCGCGUUACAUGUCGGUUAAGUCUGCUGCUGGACCUGAAAGCUCUGCAUUUCCUGUCACAGCCAGAAUGAAAGUCGUGAAUGCAGUCGCCUUCAUCCUGGUAAUGAUGCUGUCUAUGAAUCAGUAACACAAAUGGAAGAAACUGGAGAAGGUCAGUGAGGAGAGCUGUAGCAGCAAAAGAAAAAAGAAGCAUUUUGUGAACCCACUGUUGCUCCUCUGCUACACAAAUACACCAGUUAGUUUGUUUGAAGAUAAUACAACAAAAUGCAGACUUCAUAGUCUCUUUUAGCACAAAUAAAACAAGGAAUACAUCUUUCAGGCUCUAUAAUAACUUCUUUUUUUAUAUUUUAAAAAUUUAAAAAUAAUCAUUUGUAGUAAGAAAAAUCUGAAAUAUGUGAUCUUUAGUGACUGAUCAUGUAUAUUUAUAUAAUGUAGCUCUGAAUAAUCUCUGUAUAAAUUGUGUUAUAGAGGGUAGCAACAUGCAGUAUGAAAAAUGUCCUGUGUCUGUUCUUGUGACAGCAGAGCUGAAAAUCUAUUGAUCUAUUGAAAUCUAUUAAGUGGUGGAGGAUUAUCCAUGAUGAUUACAGUUUAUUACUAAUGUUCCAUAUUUGAUUUUCUGCCUUUCUGGACCAAAUAAAUGUUUAAA